AUGGUCCGUUAUUUGGAAUUUGAACAUAUUUUUAAACAUCCUUUUGAGAAAGUUAUUCGUGCAUACUUCCAAAAGGUAAGCGCUGGAUCGGUCAUCGAUGGUAAUUGAUUUCGUCGUGAAGAAAUAAGCUUAAUAAGCUUAAUAUAAUUGAGGGUGCGUUUAAUAUCUCUGGAGAAAACUGGUCUGCGAAGCCAAGUGAUAAACGUUUUCUCAUGUUAACUAAUUCUACCAACUGGUAGACAUUUUAUUUAGGCCUGUAAUACGAGGUCACGAGGUAAGACAAGAACAAUGUAAGCCUAUUGCUGCAGCUGAUUUCCUCCCUAGAGCUCUUACAACAUCAGCUACAGCUGUUUCGGAUAACACGAGACCUGCGAUGUCAAAAACGUCUUUGGAUUUUGGGGCCUAUGUUAACGAUUUGAUUGACGUGGGAAAAAAACUCAAAGUCCUGAAACGUUUCGCGUUUUAUCCGAAAUACUAGAGCUGUUUAAAUGAAAUAAAGCUCUCUUCAAAUUAGCCCUUUCGGCUAUGUCCGUUGUCAUAGGUUACUUGAAAAAUCAACAAAAUAACAUUAUUGAAAGAAUUACUACUAAAUUCGUUGUACCGCGCUGCACAUUUUGAAAACUUCGAAGAGAUUUUGGGUUUUUUUAUGCUGUCAAUCAUUUGAGUGGGGGUGGGGUACCCAGUCAAUGCAAAUUGUAAUGGGCACUUUCCAUUUAGUCAACAUUUCCGGAAUUUCUGGUGGGCGGUAAAUGGAACACGUUUUGUCGGUUCGUCCCAUUGGAAAAUUCCCACAAAAAGUGAAAAAUCUAAAAAGGUGGGCCCAUUUUCCCGGUUGGAAUUUCCGAACGGAAUUUUGUGUUCCAUUUACACGUUUCUCAUAGUUUGUAUCAGUUCCAGGUCCAUGGUCGGGCACCGCAACUUUCCGGGGUUUACGACCAAAUGGAACAACUUUUUGCCAAUCAGAAAAUCCACCUUUGCUCCCACCGAAAUUUCCAGGUUUUUUCCUAAAUGGAAAGUGCCCAACGUUUGAACAUGUUGCCCAGCUUGACCCGCAAUUAUUAAAACAAAACUGAAAAUGGCAAAGAGAAUCGCAAUGGUGAGUGGAAUUUUUCUCGAGGGAAGGAGGCAGACAUUGCUAUAUUCUUGCAAAUGACAAUAAUAAGAAAGAUCAGAAAUAAAGUUUGAAGCAAACCAGGCGAUUAUAGCCCGAAACAGGAUAAUCACAAGCAAAGAACCUUGAAACACAGUAACAAAGCAAACGGAUCAAAAUCCACCAAUCACAAAUCACAAACCCAGAUCUUUUGAACUUGUUUAAGUAAACUUGUUUCCUAAGAAGUCCGCUAAGAUGAUUGACAGGACAGGAAAACCCAAAAUUCCUUUGAAUUUUGCAAACUACGCAGCACAAUACAACAAAUUUGGCAGUAACUAUCCAGCCCUUCAAGUCUUUCCAGUCCAGCUGGUCUUAUGACAUGACCUUAGGUGUUGAAUUUUUAUUUAUUUUUAUUCUCGCACAGUACACAAGUGGUAAAGAUAGCAAUGUGACAUCAAUAAGAGUUGUGGAACACAAAGUAGGUAGGUGCACAUUGUCAAUGGUAGUUUUUCUGGUCUCUUCAAUCACUGGAUAUCAUCCUGAAAAUAAAACACCUUUGACCAAUUAUACUAUAUUUGAGGACAGUGAUCUUAGCACUUUUGUUGCAAUAGGCCUUUUGCAUUAGUUGAUCACCUGAUCAUCUUUCGGUAAACACGAAAACAGUUUGCUUUGGAAAAUUUUGCUAGUACGAGCUGAAUGAGCAUAUUAAAAUUAGGUAACCUGUAAAUUUUCAGCCACAUAUCCCAAAAGUAGCAAUUGCAGCCGCCACCGAAAACUAGAAUGAUUUGUAUGAGAAAAACAACUCUUUUCACCCAGUCAUGCUUGAGUGGUUUUCCAUAUAAGUCCUUGUAAAUUCUGAAAUUGGUGUUUAAUCUUUCCCUUUGUAUUUUAAAGGGCUCAAAGUGCCUGUUAUUAAUUAAAAGGAGAUUUGAGCCCCGUAAUGCGAAAGGAAAUGUUUCAUGACAGUUUGAAAAUUUCGAAAUUUAAAAAGAUUUGUAAGGAAAACCAUUCAAGGGUGACUGAGUUGCAAAUGUUGUUUUUCUCAUACAAAUCAAUCUAAUUCUCAGCGGCUGUUGCAACUUUUGAGAUAUACGGCUGAAAAUAUACAGGUUACCUAAUUUUAAUAUGCUUAUUCGGCUCGUGCUAGCAAAAUUUUUCCAAAGCGACUGUUUUCGUGUUUACCGAAAGUUGAUCAGUUCUCCCAUAUGUCACCAAAAUUGAUAUUAACCAGAAGGCCAGGGGAAUGCUGUACAUGAAAUAGGCCAGGUUAUCAUGAAAUGUGGUUUAGAAGGUCUGACUUUGAGUUUAUUAGCGAGUAGUUUAAGAUUCCAUGACUGCCCCUGCAGUUAAAAUGUCACUGAAAACAGGAAUUCACAUUGUUUGAAACUUCACCUUUGUCACUAUAUCAAUACAUUGCAUUUUUACAUUUUGAAUCAAUUAUUAUAAAAUUUGUAUUAAAUUAGCUGUUUUUAUUCUGACUUACAGUAUGUUGUUACAAGUACAAAUUUACAUUCAUUUGUACACGCCUGCGAAUGAAUUUCAUGUGCCUUUUGUUUCUUCUCUUAGACCCAGAAACUGGUGAGGAGUAUAUGAUCAGAAGAGGGGAAUGCGUUAAUGUUUUACCAGGCAUUUUAAAAAAGGUAGAAGUACAAAUUUGAAGGGUCAACACUGGUAGAAGUGACAAGUUUGAAUAUAUAUUUUAAAACAAACUAAUUUAAUAAAGGAUUUGUUGCACUUCUAAACUGUAUCUAGAGGAAACAGGACAUUAUGUUUAUCACCUAGUGAUAUUAUUUAGCUUUUGUAAAGCAAAAUGAUAUUGUAUACACAUGUACAUGCAACAGGAGUUAGUCAACCAAACUGCACACAUGUAAGGUCAGCCUCAGGAAUAACAAUACAUCAUAGUCUAUAUAGGCUGAUCAACAGUUGACCUGGUAACACUUCACCUAAGUUAGCUUUCAGACAAAGGUUUAUGAUUUGAUAUCAGUAAAAAUGUAGGUCAACAAAAAAAAACAGUGACUUACACAUUAUCAAAGAAAGAAUAAUGGUAACAUAUAUUGUACAGUAUAAUUUAAUAUUGUAAUAAACACCUUUUUUCUCUACUUCAUUAAUAUUCCUGAAUAUUGAUAAUUAUUAUUUCCCUUUUGAAUGUGAAAAUUUAUAAGAAUGGGCUUGCAUUGGUUCUCUACAUUGUAUUUUAAUUCCUCCUUUGAAUGCUAGAAUUCAACUACAGUAGAACAAGCAUGAUAUACUUUUCAUAAAAAUACAUUUCUCGAAUAAUUAUGUAGGUCUGUCCAUACCCAGCACUUGAAGUUGAAGAGGAAGUGUGGUUAAACAAAAAAGAGAAAUGUCUUCAUCUUCACUGUUACAACUUGACAUGGUCAAAGUAUGCUUUCCUUGAAGAGUACAGCUGCUAUCGAGCAUGUGACACCAACCCAGACUGGUUAGUCCUAUUAGCCACUAUUAAAGUGAUCUUAUUUCAUUUUUACAUGUAUCUUAGUUUAAGUACUGUAUAACUUUAGCUAGCAGCUGGGCCUGGCUUGCAACCAUUUUCUCUAGUGUGUUAUCCCAUCCCAGAUUGCAAACAAUACAGUCAGCCAGAAGUCAACACAUCUAAAUCAUCAGCUAAGACAAGCAAGUAAUUGCCCUAGGCAGCAAAAUGUAACCGCUGGUUGCCUAAAGGACAUGCUAGAAUUCAAGACUUUUUUUUCCAAGUGCUGCUGCAAUUAUUUGAAUUUCUUUUUAUAUUUCUUGGUAAUGUGUGGAGGUCUCUUUACAUAUCAUUAAAUAGAAAAAUUAAUUGCUGAAACACUUUACACCUAUACACUGAAGAUUGGAAACCAUAAUUUCAGAACAUGUCUUUGCAAUUAAUAUUACUUAAUUAAAAUCAGCUAGUGAUUUUCAUCUCUACAUAGGGAAGAAAAUAAUAAUCAACGAGGAUAUAACAGCAGACAUUAAGAUUUUUGUGGCAUUUUCAGGACAUUAUUUGAGCAGCGAGCUAGUAUCAAUGUCUACGGUGUUGGUUCAGUAAUUGGCGGAAUGUUUGAAGCCUUUGGACAAAGGUUCUUUCAACAUGGGGCUAAAAAGGUAAAUUUUUUGUGAUAUUUUUCCAUUAAUUGCUGCCUGAAAUGUCAAGUUUGCUUGUCAACGACCCUGUUUUCUUCAGUGAUUUUGUUUUUGUUCUAAUUUUUUUUUUGUUUUUCAUUUUUGCUUCAUGUUUACUUUCUACACAUGAAUUGAAAGAUUAAAAUCCAUUUCUACAGUUUUGGCUGAAUUAGAUCCUGAAUUAGAUCCUUCAAUAAUUUAUUAAUAUUAUUAUUGUUUUUAAUUUUUGGAACCAUUGCACAUCCAUUCCAAAACAAAUACCACUUAACUGAAUAAUGGCAAUCCCAAAAUGUCUGGGAACUUGUACAUGUUUCAUAUUACGUCGAUUGUAUUAAUUAAAAUGAAAACUACAAAAAGUGAAGUUUAUCUAUCCACUUUUUUUUGUUGUUUCAGGGUUUCAACAUUAUGGAAGAUCUUAUAGUGGGUUCAUAA